UGUAAUCACUGUGGAAAGACUUUCACAAAGAGUACUAGUCUUGCUGAACAUCAGAGAAUCCACACUGGAGAGAGACCUUUUGAAUGUAAUCAGUGUGGAAAGACUUUCAGAUUUGGCUCCAAUCUUACUCGUCAUCAGAGAAUACACACUGGAGAAAAACCUUAUGAAUGUCAUCAGUGUGGAAAGAAUUUCAGGCAGAGAUCCAAUCUUGCCCAACAUCUGAGAAUCCACACUGGAGAUAAACCUUAUGAAUGUAACCAUUGUGGAAAGACUUUCACAAAGUAUGCAAAUCUUACUCACCAUCAGAGAAUUCACAUCGGAGAGAAAAUUUUUGAAUGUGAUCAUUGUGGAAAGACUUUCACAAAGCAUGCAAAUCUUACCCAGCAUCAGCGAAUCCACACUGGAGAAAAACCCUUUGAGUGUAAUCAGUGUGGAAAAGCUUUCAGAUGCAGUUUAGGUCUUGCUGUACAUCAGAAAAUCCACACGGUAGAGAAAACUUAUGAAUGUAAUCAGUGUGGAAAGACUUUCAGAUUCAGCUCCAUUCUUACUCGUCAUCAGAGAAUACACACUGAAAAAUCUUAUAAAUGUAAUCAAUGUGGAAAGACUUUGGGGAACAGUUCUUCUCUUUGUAAACAUCGGAAAAUCCACACUGGAGAAAAACCCUAUGAAUGCAGUCAGUGUGGAAAGAGUUUCAGACAGAGAAACAAUCUUGCUCAGCAUCAGAGAAUCCACACUGGAGAAAAACCUUAUGAGUGUAAUCAGUGUGGAAAGUCUUUCCGAAUCAGUUCUUGUCUUGCUAAACACCAGAGAAUCCACACUGGAGAAAAACCUUAUGAAUGUAAUCAAUGUAGAAAGAGUUUCCGACAGAUUUCCACUCUUGCUCAACAUCAAAGGAUCCACACUGGAGAAAAGCCUUAUCAAUGUAAUCAGUGUGGAAAGUCUUUCAGAAUCCGUUCUCGUCUUGCUAAACAUCAAAGAAUCCACACUGGAGGAAAACUUUAUGAAUGUAGUCACUGUAGAAACAGUUUCACCACAAGCUCCAGUCGUGCUCGACAUCAGAGAGCUUGUCCCUUGAAUGAAUUUUCUGAUUUCUAACAAACUCUAAACUCGGUUGGAAUGCUUGUCCUCAUUAUAGCGAUAAGAUUUCUGUCUAGAAUGAAUUCCCUGAUGGGAAAUAAGGCACGAAUGAUGUCAGAAGGUUUUAUCACAUUGUUUGUAUUCAUAACGUUUCUCUCCAGUGUAAAUUUUCCGAUAUUGGUCGGUAGGUUGUCCUUCCUAUUCGAAGAGGACCAACGUGACAUCACUAUGUUGGAGUCAAUGUACAGGGCGGCUUGCCAUGGCUGAUCAGAUCAAUAUGAGCUCAGAAGGCUCUGCCACAGGCCAAAUGCAAAUAGCCCAGAUGAACAACUGGGCUGGAUACGUCUGAAUUUGUGGAUCUCGGGUGUCUUUUGAGGUACGGCAAUCCUGCUUUGCUCACAGAGUACGGCGCCUUCUUCGAUGGGAUCAUGCCAUGCUGGAUGGCCCUAUGGGGCAUACCGUGUCUCUUGUGUCUCACAAUCAAUACCACAUUCUUCCUAGAAACUUUUACAGUGUCCUUUUGUUCACUUCUGAUCUCCACGUGAGGGCUUGCUUUGUGUGCAUUCCAACCUUCUGGUGACAGUCAUCCCUUGUUUCCCUUUGGAAGAUUCUAUUCACACUAGAAAAAAGGUUUCUAAAAGCAAUGAUUGUGGGAAAGCUUAACAUGGAGUCCAUACAUUGGAGAAAUUAUGCUGGAGAUAAAGCUAAUGGUAAAGUAAAACUUCUUGCUUCAGUAAAAGAUGUAAUUAGACAUCCAAAAUUUUACACUGUGCAUAAAGCCCUAUCUGGUAGGACUUCAUUUUUAUUUGACCAGUAUAUUCCAAGACCCUUCCCAUAAGUUGAAGAUCACACAUAAUAACGAACAACUUAUGCGAGCAUACCUAGGCACUUUAAGACUUUUCGUAGGCUUAGCAGAGCUACCAGCGUCACUAGUUGGGUACUUUGGGGCCAUUAUUAAUACCCAAAUAGGAUAGCAUUAAUGAAACGGAGAAGCACUGCUCUGACACAGCCAUGACUUGUUACAAGUGAGAACUCUGGACAAGAGUCAUGGGGAUGGUAAUGUUUGGUGCAAAACAAUGUGAUGACUCACCCUAAUGCUUCUCUGAGCAAGGAUGAGCAUGAUUGGGUAAACGUCUGAGAUCUACUUGGGAAAAUGGCGUGAAUUUCAUGUAUAAUUAAAUUUUUAAA